GCUGAGUGGGAUCUAGCUGCUACUACGGUCUCGGUGUAACACAAUAUCACUGACAUAAACAAGAUGAAGAAGCUGCCUGAGCAGAUCCUGAAUCACAUUCUGGAGAUUCUCUACCUGCUGACGGGAAAGCGUGUGCCUAACUCACUGACAGCGAAUCACAUGACCGGGGACAAGACGACAACAGAGAGGAUACUGACCCACACCCUGCAGAUCAUGUACCUGCUGACAGGGGAGGUGCCUAUAAAGUGUGAUGAUGUUGCUGUGUAUUUCUCUAUGGAGGAGUGGGAGUAUAUAGAGGGACACAAGGAGCUUUACAAGGACGUCAUGAUGGAGACUCACCAAGCACUAAGGGCUAUGGAGAUCCCAGGAAAUGAGAGCUCAGAUCUAACAGGUUACAGUGAUGAAAAUCUAGACACAGGAACACAUAGAGACCUUGUACAGAAUAUUCAGCCAUCAGAUGUCUCUGCAGGUUACAGUGAUGAAAAUCUAGACACAGGAUCGCAUGCAGACCUUGUACACAAUAUUCAGCCAUCAGAUGUCUCUGCAAAUGACAUUAAUACUGAUGUAGAUGUUAAAACAGAAGAUCUGAGUGUAACGUGUCAGCUGGAAGCUCCAAUGCAGGAAAUGUGUGACAGUGACAAUGAAGUUGAAAAUGAUGCUAAGAUCUCAUGUAACACGGAACAAACAGAAGAUCAGUGGCUAAGAAAUAUAACAGAAGCUGCAGAGCAGGAAAUAUGUGACAAUAUAGGUACAGGUGAAAAUGUUGCUAAGAUUUCAUGCAACACAGAACAAACAGAAGAUCAGUGGCUAAGAAAUAUGCCAGAACCACCAGAGCAGGAAAUAUGUGACAAUAUAGGUGAAUUCACAAACUGCAAUAAUCCUAGUCAUGAUCAGAGUGCAGAUUGUGGGAAAUGUUUUCUUAAGAAAUCACAUCUUUUUAAACAUCUACAAAUUUAUACUGGAGGAAAAGGAUUUUCAUGUUCUGGCUGUGGAAAAUGUUUUACUAAGAAAUCAAAUCUUAUUACGCAUCAAAAAAUUCAUACAGGGGAGAAACCAUUUUCAUGUUCUGACUGCGGAAAAUGUUUUGCUCUGAAAUCAUAUCUUAUUACGCAUCAGAAAAUUCAUACAGGAGAGAAAAGAUUUUCAUGUUCAGACUGUGGGAAAUGUUUUACUCUGAAACUAACUCUUAUUAGGCAUCAGAAAAUUCAUACAGGGGAGAAAGGAUUUUCAUGCUCUGACUGUGGGAAAUGUUUUACUCAGAAAUCAAAUCUUAUUACGCAUCAGAAAAUUCAUACAGGAGAGAAAGGAUUUUCGUGUUCUGACUGCGGAAAAUGUUUUACUAAGAAAUCAAAUCUUCUUAUGCAUCAUAAAACUCAUACAGGAGAGAAAAGAUUUUCAUGCUCUGACUGCGGAAAAUGUUUUGCUCUGAAAUCAUAUCUUAUUACGCAUCAGAAAAUUCAUACAGGAGAGAAAAGAUUUUCAUGUUCAGACUGUGGGAAAUGUUUUACUCUGAAACUAACUCUUAUUAGGCAUCAGAAAAUUCAUACAGGGGAGAAAGGAUUUUCAUGCUCUGACUGUGGGAAAUGUUUUACUCGGAAAUCAAAUCUUAUUACUCAUCAGAAAAUUCAUACAGGAGAGAAAGGAUUUUCAUGUUCUGACUGCGGAAAAUGUUUUACUCUGAAAUCAACUCUUCGUACGCAUCAGAAAACUCAUACAGGAGGGAAAAGAUUUUCAUGCUCUGACUGUGGGAAAUGUUUUACUAAGAAAUCAAAUCUUAUUAUGCAUCAGAAAACUCAUACAGGGGAGAAAGAAUUUUCAUGUUCUAAAUGUGGGAAAUGUUUUAAUCGGAAAUCAACUCUUAUUACGCAUCAGACAAUUCAUACAGGGGAGAAAGGAUUUUCAUGUUCUGACUGUGGAAAAUAUUUUACUUGGAAAUCAAAUCUUUUUAGGCAUCAGAAAACUCAUAUUAAAAGAAAUCAGAGCUUAACCUCCUAAGUGCAGAGGGUGGCAUGUAGUUGUCAAUCACACAAUACCAAGUGCUGAUGAUGACUGCAUGUGACCCCCUGGGGCGUGCAGUUUUUGAGCUGUAUAAGGCCCCUUCUGCACCUCAAGCGUUUAUGAGGUGACCCCAGGGUGGAUUUGAUUUAAAUCACU